UUAAACAAGAUGUACUACAAGUACAAUUUAGAAACUACUAAAUAAAUUAAUUGAUUAUUGAGCAAAACACUGUCCAUUUGAAGAGAAAUUGAAGUAACCCAUUUUUUGGGUUAUUACGUACGCACACACACUAAACUUUUGAACAACCAUUAUGAAGCUGUCAUUUCAUCCCUUUGUAUACCUUUGUAGCCAUUUCCAUUUUAUUAGCAGGACUGGUAGAUCAUUCGUUACAAUCUUCCCAUAUUCCACAUAGUACUACUACUAAUUACUGUAAUUACUACUAAGUGGAGUAUUUCACAUAAUCACAUUCAUAUUGGAAAAUUAAUUUUUUUUUUUGUUUUCACCACCGGUUUAAUCUGGUUCGGUAUCAGUUAUGACAUCAAGUAAUUUCAGCCUCUCCCAAUUGCAGUUGUGGGGAUCGAAUCAUGGUCCUCUUUAUCAAGUUCAGCUACCAUUGAACCAACGAAAGAUCGGUAAAAAAUUAAAAUCUUAAUACCACACCUCCACCACUUCCACCUCCUCCCUAUAAAUACCACAUCCUAGAAUCUUCCUUCACCUUUACUCACUCCCUCUCAAUGAUGUCACCCUAAACUCUCUUCACUUUCUUCUUCUAAAGAAAAAACGGAACAAAAAGCGAUUAUCCUAUUACUAUCAAUUAUCAAUGACGACGCAAACAGAGCCUUCACUCCAUCAACAAUUUUCAUCUCCAAGUUUCAGCAGUUACUCUUCCAACAAUUUGUCUCAAAUAGCAACCAAAGUCAUCCAAAACGACACCGUCGUGAACGAUGACUUCGAAUUCGACUUCACUUUCCUUUCCACAGAACCUGUUCCCGCCGGCGACAUUUUCCACAACGGUCAAAUCACACCUACUUAUCCACUCUUCGAUAAAUCUCUCCUCAACGGCGUCGUUUCCGUUUCUCCUGUUCUACCUUCCAACGCCGAAACGGAUCCUCGACGACGUCGUUUACCUUUGAAGAAGCUCAUGGAAGAGGAUGUAGAAGAGUUGUUUGACGGUGUUGCUCCGGAUACGUACUGUGUGUGGACUCCACCUUGCAAAAAGAGCAGCUCUACGGGAUCGACGUCGAAACGGUGGAAGUUUCGGGAUUUGCUACUUCGGAGUCAUAGUGAUGGGAAGAAGGAGUCUCUUUUGUUUUUUAAUCCCGGCGGCAAGCAGAGUUCCGCCGUUAAGGGUGGUGGCGCCGGUGCCGGCGCGGCCAAGGAUGGGUAUAAAUCAAAGAGGAAGUUAGGAAUUAGUUGGGUUAUUCAGUAAUGGGCUUUGUCGGAAUUUGCAAUUCGGCAGCUACUUUUGCCACCUACCGAUUACUUGCGCAUCUUAUUUUUAUUUUUACAAAUUCGCGUAGGGCAGAUAUUAUAAAAUCAGAAAUUUUGAAAAAAAAUACAGUAAUCAAUAUAUCGGCAGAAGUAACCCUUUGCAAUCACUUUGAAGUGCAAAUUAACUAUAGCAACAAGUUUUUAUUUUUGGUGAAUAUACAAAUUAUUAUCUUUAAUUGAAUAUCGGUGGCUUUCUUAUGGUGUAAUUAAAGUUGCAUUUCAUUAUUAAAAAAAAUUGACAAAAUUAGUGUAUGAGAUUUUUAGACAAUGUUUGGGAUUUGGAUAUUUCGUGGGGUUAGUUCAGAUUUUGUAUAUCUUUCUUGGUUAGUGCUAAAGUGUGGUAUAUUGUAUUGUAUGUGUGCCUUUUAAUUUGGGUUUUCUUUUGUGGCUAUGUUUGUUGAUAAUAAGUUAAUGUUUGUUGGUUAGAGGUAAUUAAGUUAGAAAUGAAAUAUGGAAGAAAUAAGUGAGAAUAGGAUGACAUAACAUUGUUGUUGCGCCUGCAUGGGUAUGGUAAGGGUGA